CGCUCGACCUCCAACCUUUUCGACGACGAACCAUCGAAUCCGAGCAAGCCAAAGGCAGGCUCGUCGUCGCUCUUCGCCGACAGCUCGCCCAACGAUAGCGCCGGCUGGGCUUUCACGCCCAGCAAGAAGAGCGCCGGUCGAGGAGAUCUGGUAAAGUCGCUUCUUGCUGACGCAGACGUGCCCGACUUGUACAUUGAUACCUUCGAUACACUCCAAACCGCAGGUAGCGUCAAGCGCGACGACUGCCAGCGAUUAGUGAGAGACAGCGGCAUCAGCUCGGCGGAUCAGUCCAAGAUUUGGAGCAUUGUUUCGAGCGGCGGAGACAUCGAACAGCUGGGGCGAAACGAAUUCAACGUCUUCUUGGCAUUAAUCGGGCUUGCGAAAGAGGGAGAAGAGCUUGGUCUUGACGCUGUUGAUGAACGAAGGACCAAGCUGCCAGUGCCCAACAUACCCAAUCUACAGCCCAAGACUAUGAGCCAAACAGCGGCUACGUCGCAGGCCGACGUCCAGUCGGGCGCUCAAGCCUCGCCUGGACCGAAAGGCGAUGUCCGAAAGCCAUCGUUUGGUGCUGGAUUUGAUAGCGAUCCAUGGGGAAGUCCAGAAAUGCACAAAGGUCAUAAACAUCUCAAUGGCUCUGGAGCUGGGCAGCGAACGACCAGUAACUUCACGACUGGUGCAUCUGAGCCUGGCGACAUUGACGGCGGCUACGGCGAAGGUCAAACUACAGCGGUGAGCAGUAGUGGCGGCAGCUGGGGUGCUGCGACAUCCUAUGCUGCUGCUACUACUGCUGGUGGUUUUGGCAGUGCCACUGACGGUGCAGCCGGCAGUGGCUUCGGUGAGGAUAGCAACGGCCCGAGUGAACCACGUCGUCAGCCGCAGCCUCGGCCAAUAGUCAGCAAAGGCGGUCCAGACGAACUGGUGACUGUCAACGUCCUUGAGGAGAAAGAAGGCAUGUUCAUGUUCCAACAUCGAAAUUACGAAGUCGCAUCCGUGAGGCGCAACAGCAAGGUCAUCCGCAGAUACAGUGACUUUGUCUGGCUGCUGGACUGCCUACACAAACGAUACCCUUUCCGUCAACUCCCGUUAUUGCCGCCAAAGCGUGUAGCUAUUAACGGCAAUCACAUCGCUGCCGACAACUCAUUCAUCGAGAAGAGAAGGCGUGGGCUUGCGCGAUUCGCCAACGCGCUCGUCCGUCAUCCGGUACUGAGGGAGGAACAACUGGUUAUCAUGUUCCUGACUGUUCCAACGGAGCUCGCUGUGUGGAGAAAGCAGGCCACUAUCAGUGUACAAGAAGAAUUCGCCGGACGUGCUCUUCCCCCUACUCUCGAGGAUAGCCUGCCGCAAAAUCUCUCUGAUACCUUUGACACCGUUCGCUCCGGUGUACGCAGGAGUUCCGAGCUCUAUAUCUAUCUCUGUACGCUAGUGGAAAGGCUCUGCAAACGGAAAGAGGCUAUCGCUGUCGAACAUGGCCGUCUCAACCUCAACUUGGUUCGCGUGACCGAAGUCACCAACGACACUUAUGCGAUGGAUCAGAACGACGUGCCUCUUCUGAACGAGGGCAUCAAUGGCACUGCCAAGCAUAUCGCUACAACUCAAGCUCUUCUCGAGGAUGAAGCACGGGCUUGGGAUGAGGGCUUCCUGGAAGACCUCAAGACCGUGAGAGAUUCGUUGGUCAGCAUGCGUGAUAUGUUCGAUCGUCGCGAUCGGCAUUCAAAAGAUAACAUCCCGCAACUGGAGAAGCGAAUCCAGCAAAACGAGCAAAAGCUGCAAAACAUUCACGCAAAGGGGGAGGCGGCAAAGCCCGGCGAAGCUGAAAAGGUCGGCAACGCGAUCACUGCGGACAAGCAAUCCAUAGUUGAGCAGCAUGCGCGCGGCGUGUUCAUCAAAGAGUGCGUCCGCGAUGAGAUUCAAUUCUUCCAGACACUACAAUACCGGAUAUCUCGACUGCAUCAGGACUGGGCGCAAGAACGAGUCAAGUAUGCAGAGCUGCAUGCCGACAAUUUUCGGGCCAUGGUCGACACGGUGGAAAGCAUGCCGCUUGGAGAUUAG